UGAGAUUAACCCUUGUUCUCAAACUUCCCAUUUCCCUGUUUCUUCCGCGUCCAUCCGCUUGUUCCCAGCCCCGCUCUCGUCGCCGCCGCCGCCGGCGGCAAUCACGGUCGGCGCUCCACCACGCUCUCUCGUUCCUAUCGACGACCUAACCGCUUUAUCAUCUUGCUUUCGGAGGCCAGCUAGGUCCGGACUUACGCAUCCUAUUGCUAGGACGACGGAAGGAGCCGCCCACAAGCUAGGGCACUCGUCUCUUCUAUUGGAAUAUUCCGAUCGACACGACCAGUUAUUAAGAUCAACGACGAACUCAACUUAGUUGUUCGGCUUGCGGUUAUUCAUUCUUUCAAAUUUGAUUCGCAGUGCCUAAUUCUUCAGCAUCAAGCGUCGCCAUUUUGAGAUUAGAUGUAAGAAAUGAAGAUGAUUUUUUGCUCCAACAAUCGUUGACAUUUACUCCGGUCUAUGAACACGGUGAGCAAAUCUCUCUUCCGAUCUCUCGAAAUUUUUACUAGAGAUGCAGGGCAAUCUACAAAAUCCACCAUUACCCUCUCCAUCCUUGAAUCUUCACUUCAAAAAUGCCGAAAACCAAAGGAAUUCCUACAGAUCCACGCCCAAAUGGUCACCACUGGCUUCACAAAGGACACUUUUGCCGCCAGCCGCCUCCUUUCCUUUGCUGUUGCCUCUCCAUUCUUCAAUCUCGACUACUCCUACCAGCUCCUGAUGCAAAUCGACACCCCCAAUGCAUUUACUUGGAACACCCUCAUGCGGGGAUACAUCCAGCGGCACUCCCCACAGUUUUGCCUGCCUUUGUAUAGUUUGAUGCUCGGAAGGAAUAUGGUGCCAGACAAUUACACCCAUCCAAUACUUAUCGGUGCUGCCGGUAUUAGGUCUUCAGAACUUGAAGGGAUGCAGAUCCAUUCCCAUGUCGUAAAAUUUGGUUUUGAGACUGAUGUCUAUGCCUUGAACACUCUGAUAAACAUGUAUUCUGUAUGCGGGAAUUUGGACGAUGCGCAACUUCUGUUUGAUAGAAGUCCUGUUCUGGAUUCAGUUUCUUGGAAUUCAAUUCUUGCAGCACAUGUUCAGGCUGGGAAUGUCGCGGAAGCAGUACGAAUAUAUGAACAGAUGCCAGAGCAUAACAUCAUUGCUUCAAACUCCAUGAUUGCCUUGUUUGGUAGGAGUAAUUGUGUUAGUGAUGCCCGCAAGCUUUUUGAUGGAAUGGAUGUUAGGGAUGUUGUUUCGUGGACCGCUAUGAUUUCUUGUUAUGAGCAGAAUGAAUUGUUCACCGAGGCAUUGGAGAUGUUCUGUAGAAUGAAGAGAGAGGCAGUUCCAUUGGAUGAGGUUGUUAUGGUAAGUUCUAUUUCUGCUUGCAACAAAUUAGAGGCGAUAAAAAUGGGGGAGGCCAUUCAUGCGAUCGUUAUUGAGGAAGGGUUUGAAUCGUAUGUUAAUCCACAAAAUGCAUUGAUUCACUUGUACUCAAAUCAUGGUGAUAUAGUUGCAGCUCGGAGAUUGUUCGAUUGUUGUAGUUUACUAGACCAAAUAUCUUGGAAUUCUAUGAUACUUGGCUACUCAAAAUGUGGGCUUUUGUGCGAAGCGAGAAUGUUAUUUGAUGCUGCACCUGUGAAGGAUGUAGUUACAUGGGGUACUAUGAUCGCAGGUUGUGCUCAACACGAUCGGUUCAUGGAGGCACUAGAGUUGUUUGGUAAGAUGCUGAAUGGACCUAUUAUGCCGAACGAGAGUGCCUUGGUGAGUGUUAUUUCAGCUUGCGCACACCUUUCUGCUCUAGAACAAGGCAAAUGGGUUCAUGCAUACAUCAAGAAGAAUGGCUUUCACAUAAACAUUUUCCUCGGGACAACUUUGAUCGAUAUGUACAUGAAAUGCGGUUCCAUAGGGACCGCACUCGAGGUCUUUGAUGCAUUGAAAGAUAGGGGCAUUACGACAUGGAACGCGAUGAUAUCAGGAUUGGCAAUGAAUGGGCUCAUUAAGGAGUCGCUUGAGAAAUUUGCAGACAUGGAGAAGUGCAGAGUGAUACCGAAUGAAAUAACUUUUGUGGGAGUUCUCAGUGCCUGUCGACAUGCUGGUCUAGUGGAAGAGGGCCGUAAACAUUUCUGCUCUAUGCAGAAGACGUACGGGAUUUUACCAAAUGUUAAACACUACGGUUGUAUGGUCGAUCUUUUUGGCCGUGCAGGUCUGCUUAAAGAGGCCGAAGAACUUGUGGAAAGCAUGCCCAUGACCCCUGAUGUAGCUACUUGGGGUGCACUUCUAGGCGCUUGCAAGAAGCACAGUGCCAUUGAAGUAGGAGAACGGAUUGGGAAAAAACUCAUUGAGCUUGAACCCCAGCACGACGGGUUCCACGUGUUGUUGGCGAACAUAUAUGCGUCGAAAGGGAGAUGGGACGAUGUCAUGAAGCUUAGAUGUACGAUGAAAGAACGAGGGGUCACGAAGAUACCCGGCUGCAGCAUGAUAGAAUCCAAUGGUGUGGUUCAUGAAUUCUUAGCAGGUGACAGAAACCAUCCUCAGAUUGUAAAAAUUGACAAAAUGCUGGACGAGAUGGCAUCGAGAUUGAAAAUUGAGGGUUAUCAGCCCGACACCGCUGAUGUUACUUACGACAUAGAAGAAGAAGAAAAGGAAACUUCAGUUUAUCGGCAUAGCGAGAAGCUUGCCAUUGCCUUUGGUCUCAUCGACACACUUCCACCAAUGCCAAUUCGAAUAACGAAGAACCUGCGGAUAUGCAGCGAUUGCCAUGCUGCAGCGAAGAUCAUCUCUCGAGCUUUUCAGCGCGAAAUCAUUGUGAGAGACCGACAACGAUUUCACCACUUUCGACAAGGCUCAUGUUCAUGUACAGACUUUUGGUAAUUAAUUUAGACCGAACUUGUCUGCGAGACAGAGGUAAGAUUAGUUAGUUAUUUAUAAGAUUUUUAGUCUGUAAGACAUCGAGAAUACAACUGUAAAAGUGAGAAUGAAGAUAACUGAAUUCUACUUUUGGCAAACUGCGGCAAACUUACUGAAUCUAG